CGAACAGAGAUAGAUCCUGACAAAUUUGUCUACUCGGGCUACAUUGCCCACCCUUUGCAGACAGUCAACGUCGUCCCAGGGAGUGAUACCUUCAAUCGUAUCAUCCGAGGUUGCUGUGCCGCUGUGUGGGCGCUGGACUUCAGUGCCUGCCUUCCUGAUCGAUCACUGUACAUGACAAAUCCUCAGACGACCUUUGUGUGCGGUCCUGCAGAGCUUGGCAAGAUGCUCCCGACGGCGAUGACAGAUUGCACGAGGAUCUUUCCAAAAAUGCUGGAAGGGGAGUGUCAGAGCCCGACAAAGCUAGAAGCAAUAUGGACUCUACUGGCCACCGGACGCAAAUGUACGCUCACCCCA